AAAUGAGUCGCGGAAGAGUACGUCGAAGAGAAGACGAUGACGAUGACCCCCUGACGAGGGAUGGGUUCAAUCCUCGGACAGUUAGCUACAGACCAAAUAUGGUUUGGGAUUAUUAUUUCACUAACCAACGCUUUUUAGAGCUUGCCGAGUGGCGUAGGAGGUAUUAUCCGACUAGCCCUAGUUGCGAUUGGUGUAUGAUUUUCAACCUUUACUGCAAUCGUCCUCAGGGGUGUGCGCAAUGCCUGGCCGCCUCUCGACCGUGUACCGGCGCCCCCAUGCCUAUGUCGUAUGGUCAGCCUACGCCGUAUGGUCAGUCUCAGCCUACGCCGUUCACUCAACCUAGGCCGUAUGAUCAGCCUCAGCCUGCGCCGUUCGCUCAGCCGGAGCAGUACUCGCUACCAUAUUCGAUACCGCAGCCGCAGCCGCAACCGCAACCUACACCGUUCCCUCAGCCUUUGCCAUUCGACGAUGGUCUCAUCGACCCGCGUCUGCUCGAAUAUGAUCAGCAACCACAACCACAACCUCAACCGCAACCGCAACCGCAACCGCAGCCUCAACCUCAACCGCAACCCAUGUCAUACUCGGAAGCAUACGCUCGAGCGUUCGUCGAGAAUGCCCCUAUUCCCAUAAGGACGAGAGAACCAGAUCUGUCGCAAACGGCAUAUACCGCUGGUCUGGUGGGCACUGUAUAUGACCCUAACAGACCAGAUGCAAGUAGUUAUACUCUACCACCUCCAGGAGGCUUUAGGCAAAGGCCUGAUCCCGUGCCGACUCCUACACCUGAUUAUACUUCUGGUUAUACUCCUGCUCCGCCUUCGGGUCAUACUCCUGCUCCUAAUUCUAGUUUUUUUCCUAAUAGCAUCCCCAGCUAUGACCCAUUCGCGGCCCCCAGCUAUUUUCCCGAUCCAGCUCCAGCUCCUCCUCAUUAUCCUGAUCUGGGUCUUGCUCCUAAUCAUCCUCCCCAAGGUUUCAAUUAUAAUCCUGCCCCUAUUCCUGGCCCAUCAGCCCGUAAUAGGGACGACGAGUUCAUUACCCCCGAACGGCGAGCUAACUUGCCACAUGAUUGGGAAAAUGGCUGGCCGCCAGGCGCUCGUCCGCCUCCGACGGACCGUGCUGGGCAUCCGAUUAACGAAUGCGACGCCUGUCGUGCAGACCACCCCGGCUACCCUUGCGAUGCUUGGAUAGGAGUAUCUCCGGGGGUUGGUUGCACUUACUGCAAGAAGGGCGACAGGUCUUGUCGCUGGGGCGAUGUACGCCUGGCUCCGCGACCUGACGGCUUGACGGAGCCGAUAAGUUGUGAUCGAUGUACGAGAACUAACAUCUUGGGUUGUUCCUGGCGAACUAGACCAACUGGUGCUCCCUAUUGGCCUUGUACAAGCUGUGAGCGUGCUAAUCAGCCGUGUACUCACGGGUUUCUAGGAGGUAUGCCGGGCUUGAGACCCCGGGAGCUUCUUGGCAGCGAAAAUACUCACUUCUCGGUCACCUGUUAUCUACCUGGGAAUUUUUCAAGACGGCAAGCGGGAAGUAGGGAGAGACAGAGUAAUCCGGCGAGAACGUUUAACCCCGAGGGCCCGAGAAGUCGUAGCCCCGGGCAGAUUCGUACCAUGACCGGGGACGCCGCUCAUCCCCAGCCAACGAAACUUCAACCGACCACGUUUGACGCUGCUGCUCCCAGGCGGCUUAACCUUUCCGGACGGCGAACCGACGGAGGCCAGCAAUGUCUUCUGUGUGCUAGUAGAGUUUCGCAAGGCCACACGCGCGCAAAUAGCCGGAGAUGUAACGCUGAUCCCUCGAUCCCUAGGGGGUGUGACCAGUGCAGUAAUUGGGGAGUGCAGUGUAUAGUUGACGGAGCAGCCCUUCCACCUACGAUAUGCACCAACGCUGGCACUGCACGGGACCAGGCCCAUUAUUCUCAUUGCGACGUGUGCGUUCGAUAUAACAGACCCUGCGACCGGAAACGGCCGUGCGACUCCUGUGUAAUUUUUGGAGUAGCAUGUCAAGGUGGAUCUGUCAAGGGGACAUUUCAUCGAGGAGUCCCGGGUGAUGACCAGCCCCUAUAUUACUUGAGAACCGGGUUCGGAGACGGUGGUGUCUUUACCAUGCCCGCUACAAGAGGUCGUCGUCCUGCGUUGCCUCUGGACUACCAUCUCCAAUACCGGCCGACAAACGGGUAUUCGGGGGUUGGUCUCGGUUAUGUGGAUGAGCAUAGGCGGCCGCGCACGAUACCACCACCUCCUCCUGGACUGCAAAUGCAGUACCCGGAUCCACCAGUUCCUCAGCCAUUACCACCGAACGAUCCAGAUGUUCCAGAUGUUCCAGAUGUUCCGGAUGUUCCGGAUGUUCCAGAUCAGCAGGGUUCGCUCCUUGAUGCCCCAGUACCGGAACUAGAACAACCUGUUGUUAAACUAGGCACACCGAUUUAUUCGCCAUUGAAUAUUGCACAGCCGGUAGUGAAAACUCCUGUUGUUAACCCAAUCCCUUCACCGUCGAAUCUUCCACAACCAGCUGCGGCACCCCCUCUUCAGCCAAUAGAGCAGGUUCCGCAGUUUGACGAUUCGGUAUUUGAUUUACCAUUCGAGCAUCCUGAUUUUUCGGUACCGGUACCAGAACCCUCUAAUGUUCCGCAAGACUCACAGGGACUUAAAUCACCAUCUGAUGUACUUAAAUCGCCCUCUGGCUUUACAGAAGCGGCACUGGGACCACCUUUACAACAGGAUGAAUCGUCUGGUUUCUCACCAGGCCGUACGGGAUCUGCUGAACAAGGACUGAACGAGCAGGAGUUUGAAGAAUUACUUUCUUCCUGGACAGAUCAUAAUACGAUGCUAAAUGAGCCCCCGCCUCAGACUGGGGUCGAUCCUCAGACGCAACCUGAUAACACUCAACAGCAGGCUGGACAUGACUUGUCAAUAAACCACAGCGUUCAACCGACCAACUUUGACUCGCCCCCUGAAGUUAACCCACCAUCCCCAUUCUUUAUUGACGAGCCUCCACCAGUUGAAUGGCCCUCUACAGAAGAUCAGCCUGCCCCGUCACCCUUGCCUAUGUGGAAUACUACUGAGCAUCUUAAUUUAUUUGGUUCGCCAUCGAACCAGCCGGCUCCAUCGCCUGAGUCGGGACCGCAACCUGCUCCGUUAGAUAGGUUGGUACCACCGGAUCCUGCUAUUUUCGAUGAUAUUAGUGCAUGGGGGGUUCCACUAGGCGAGCCCGCUCCGUCAGAAAAUGCCGAACCGGAUAAUAGCUUACGGGAUUCACCACAAAGCCAAUCUUCUCCGUCAUCUAAGUUGACACCACAGACUACUUCGUUUUUUGGGUUGUCGGUGCCGCCUGAUCCCUCGUAUGAGUCAACCAUGCCGCCUACUAUACCCAGCGAGGCAGUGGUAAAAACCCCGCAACAUCUACCAGUAUCACAAGCACAGCUUGCGCUGUCGCUUCCGCCACUUCCGGGGAUAGAUAGACAACAACAGAUCGAGUUGUGGGCACGACUCAUAGAAGCGGAUCACGAUCAGCAGGACGUGGCAGCACAUGACGCGAUUACCUAUGAUCAGUUGAUCGACAAAGAACUCGGCGUAGUUGACUCGGAAGAUGAGCGCGUGGCGCUCGACCAGCAGUCCCAUGUUUCUGUGUAUGCUGAUGUUUGGGGCGUCGCACAGCGUUUGGUAAGGGACCAUGAACAAGUAUUCGAUCUACGGACUAUAAGAAGACGACUAAGGAUGGACAUGCUGGCUAGAAUCCCUGCGGAGCAGUCACUCGUUGUUACUUUGUUGAAAGAGUUCCUCGGAGCGCAGCACGUAGCUGCUUUGCAGGUCUAUACGAAGGAGGUUCCGGUAAACCUCAAUUACGAAGGCAUAGAUGUAAACGCAGCGAUGGAGCUAAACCCAGGAAAUUGGCCGUUGAUAUACGUCACGCCCGAGUCCAAUCACCGUCCGGCCUCUCCUGGUCCCAAUCGUCCCGUCUUCUACGACCUAGGUACGGAACCAGUACUCGUCGAUGACCCCGAGCCACCUCCCAUUGGCGAAUCGGCGAUUAUCAACCGGGACUUGCUCGUACGACCGCGACCGCCCCACCCGAACCCGACAGCGCGCCCCGUGCUCGCUUACAUGCCUUUUGAGCGAGUGUACGAAGGUGGGAGAGUAGACUACGAGAAGAAAUUAGAGUGUCUGAUGCACGUGGACGGAAAGCCGUGCGGGAAGCUUACGGACCUUGCUUGCGAGGAUACACGACACUCAUCUCUUGUCCCGAUAUGUAUCGAUUGCGAGAUAGACUCUCGUAGACGUUUUCUCGCAAGCGUAACAAGAAUGCUAAUGCCUCUGCGCGCGUUCGCGUGUGCCGAAUGCCUUGACGGCCCUGCCGUUCUCACUGCGACAUACAACCGGACCGGGAACCGCCUGUUUGCCGGCUGUCCCGAUCCGAACGGUAUAAGCCCCGCCUGUCCUUCACCAGAUAUCGGGCUGUCUAAUGUCGGUGGGUACACGGGUCGGCUCGGGUACAUGUCGGGGUGCUUCUGCGCCAGCAAGAUACUCGGUCGCGUGUGCUGCAGUGCUCACAGGCUGGAGUACAUCAUCGACAUGGACCGGAAUAUCAUAGCGAUGGACGAAUGGCUCCGGGAGACGUACGGACGAACUUCGGUGUGUCCGUUCUGCAGAGUGCGACCAGGCAUCGACGCCUACAAGUUCUCGGGCCCGAAGGGCGGCGAAGGUAAGAAUAAGGUCUGGUUCUGCAAGGCGUGCCACGAUGUGGUUUACGACGCUGCCGGGAGUCCCGCGCGUGUCGGCGGUUUGGAUGGGUACAGAUACAUGCUCGGUAUCAUUCCUGCUGAGGACACACCAGAAUAUUCACUAGAGCCUCCGCCCGAGGCGGGACCCAGCGGAACGCAGGGGUAAGUCGUAGAUAUACGCUUUCUCUCGUAGAUAUGCGCUUUCUCUCGUAGAUAUGCGCUUUCUCUCGUAGAUAUGCGCUUUCUCUCGUAGAUAUGCGCUUUCUCCCGUAGUUUUCUCCGGUAUGCCGGUAAGUGGCAACAAGGCGAAACCAAGGUAUGUAUUCUCCCGUGCUUCUAAGAGUAAGUCGUAGAGAUUACAUGGCGCGCAAAUUCUUGAGUAUACGACCGCCUGAGC